UCCUAGUAUCUUCUUGUAAGUCUCGAAUAUCACAAAAUGUCAAAUUGAACUUUGGAUUGAUAUUCAUAUUUACUAAAGUCCAAUAAUGAUAGGGUAAUGGGAGGCAAAGAUCUUAAUUUCGUAUAACCAUACAUUCCGGCGCCCAACCACCUGGUAGGCUCCGCCAUAGGCUAGUUAUAGAAACCCUCAGUAGAGGGCGAAAAAUCACUUUUGGCAUCGCCAAUACUUUAGUCUAUCCUCUUUGCUGCUAUGAGUCUAGGUUUAAUACGUCUAUGAUUAUAGACGAUCGACCGUGGCGCCAUCCCUCCCAUGGGGUGAUACAAAUUCUGGCUUGGGGUCACCUGAAGCCCUAGAACUGAGCCUCUACUGUAGGACUGGCGAGAUUGUUCUGGGAUGAGGGGUGGGAGAAUGGGAGUUCAAUGCAUAACCUACAAUUCCCAGUGAAACUCUUUAGCCAGUUUUACUUAUAAUACUUCAGUCGAUCCUGUUUGCUCAUAUUGCCCUAUAUAGAUUGUUGGAGAAGUUUUACAAAGUUAAUGAAUAAAACAAACUGGUAUUAUAAAACUGGUAUUUUGAGUUUUAUACUAUUGUUAAUGUGUUAGUUUCGCAUGUAGAAAAAAUUAUCUCAACAAUGAGUGAGAAAAUUGAUUCUAGGGGCAACACUUAUGUUAUCAGUGAAGAUGAUUGGCCAUACGAAGAAGAAAUGCUCCGCAAUCCCUACUCCAUGAAGCACUGGCAGCGCUAUAUUGAUCACCUGAAGAACACGAAGUCUCCAAAUCUCAACGUCGUCUUCCGCCGAGCACUGGAGAAACUUCCAGGCAGUUACAAACUCUGGUAUAACUAUCUCUGUAAUCGUCGCACUCAAUUAAAAACGAAAUGCAUCGACGAUAAGAUGUACGAAGACGUCAACAAUGACUACGAAAGGGCCCUCGUGUUUAUGCACAAGAUGCCCAGAAUUUGGAUAGAAUACUGUGGUCUCGUGACAGAGCAAUGCUAUAUUACAAGAACUCGUCAAGUAUUCGAUCGAGCCCUCCGAGCCCUCCCCAUCACCCAACACCACAGGAUUUGGCCGUUAUAUCUAGAGUUCGUCAGCAAACACGAUAUCGCUGAAACAGCAGUCCGGGUUUUUAGGAGAUACUUGAAAUUAGCCCCUGAAGACACCGAGGAUUACAUCGAGUAUUUAGUCACGAUCGGACGACUCGAUGAAGCUGCAGUAAAGCUCGCUUACAUCGUGAAUCAAGAUGACUUCGUCUCGAAACAUGGGAAGUCGAAUCAUCAAUUAUGGAAUGAACUUUGCAACCUCAUCUCCAAGAACCCAACGAAGAUAAAAAGCUUAAAUGUCGACGCAAUCAUUAGAGGAGGACUCAGAAGAUAUACCGAUCAAUUAGGACCCCUUUGGAAUGCCUUGGCAGACUACUAUGUACGUUCUGGUCUAUUCGAACGAGCACGUGACAUUUAUGAAGAAGCAAUCCAAACAGUAACUACCGUCAGAGAUUUUACUCAGGUGUUCGAUGCUUAUGCACAGUUUGAAGAGCUUAGCCUCAGUAAACGAAUGGAAGAGGCUGCGAACAAUCCAAAUCCUACCCCAGAAGACGAUAUUGAUCUUGAAUUGAGAUUAGCCAGGUUCGAACACUUAAUGGAUAGGAGAUUAUUGCUUCUGAAUUCUGUUAUGCUUCGACAAAACCCUCACAAUGUUCAGGAGUGGCACAAACGUGUCAGAUUAUACGAGAAUCAGCCCCAUGAGAUAAUCAGCACGUACAUGGAGGCAGUGCAGACAGUUCAGCCUCAACUAGCUGUUGGAAAACUUCAUACCCUCUGGGUGUCAUUUGCGAAAUUCUACGAAGCUAAUAAUCAAUUGGAUGAUGCCAGAGCUAUCUUCGAAGAGGCGACUCGGGUUCCCUACACAAAAGUCGAUGAUUUAGCUUCUGUUUGGUGUGCCUGGGCAGAGAUGGAGAUCGAUCAUGGAAAUUUCAAUGGUGCAUUGAAACUCAUGCAUCGAGCAACAGCAAUGCCUUCUCGAAGAGUGGCUUAUCAUGACGAAUCUGAGGCAGUCCAGAUGAGACUUUAUAAAUCUCUGAAGGUCUGGUGUCUCUACGCAGAUUUGGAAGAAUGUUAUGGAACUUUCAGAACCUGCAAAGCUGUUUACGAUAAGAUCAUUGACUUGAAAAUUGCCACUCCACACAUUAUUAUGAGCUAUGGGUUGUUCUUAGAGGAGAAGAAUUACUUCGAAGAAGCAUUUAGAGCGUAUGAGAAGGGAAUCGCUUUGUUCAAAUGGCCGAAUGUUUAUGAUAUUUGGAAGAGAUAUCUUGAGAAGUUCCUGCAGAGAUACGGGGGUGAGAAGUUGGAGAGAACGAGGGACUUGUUUGAACAAUGCUUGGAGCAUUGCCCCCCAAAAUAUGCAAAGACAUUUUAUCAACUUUAUGCUAAAUUCGAAGAAGAACAUGGAUUGAAGAGUCGAGUUAUGUCGGUUUAUGAGCGGGCCACAGAGAAAGUUCCUAAUGAGGAGAAAUUCGUCAUGUUUAAUAUAUACAUUGAAAAGGCUGCGGAUAUCUAUGGAAUUCCCAAAACACGUCAGAUCUAUGAGAAAGCUAUUGAUGUCCUGAAUGAGGAAAACACUAGGGAGAUGUCUCUGCGAUUCGCUGACAUGGAAACAAAGCUCGGAGAGGUGGAUCGUGCGAGGGCGAUUUAUAGCCACUGCAGUCAAAUUUGUGAUCCGCGAGUAACUUCCAAUUUUUGGCAGGUGUGGAAGGACUUCGAGGUUAGACAUGGUAAUGAAGACACGAUGAGGGAGAUGUUGAGGAUAAAACGUAGUGUACAAGCUAUGUAUAAUACGCAGAUUAAUAUGAUGUCCGCUCAGAUGUUGAAUACAGCAACGUCGGUUCAAAGUCAUGAGAUCCCGGAUGCCAUGAAGUUGUUGGAUAGCAAAGUUGCUGCAACGGGGCAGACUGGGGCUAUGCUACCUAAGGACACAAUUUCAUUUGUCCGUGGAGUAACGGAAGGAGGCAACAAAACGAGUCAAGUUACUAAUCCAGAUGAGAUUGAUAUUGAUAUAGAUGAGGAUGAUGGAGAUAGUGAAGAUGAGGCACAGGUUGAGGAGGAGGUUCCAGUCGAGAAACAGCUUAUUCCUUCGCAAGUAUUUGGAAGCUUGAAAAUGAAUGUGGAUGGCAAUGAUGAUUAAUUAAUUAUUUCGAAAGGAAUAUGAUUAUCGAAGAAAUUAUGGAAGAUUACGGGAUGUUCAUCGACACUUUUUUGCGCAAUUGUAAUUUCAAUCUCGAUUAGAUACAGAUAUCCAUGAAAAACUUACCUUACAAUGUAUUUGUAGAGUGGUAAAACCGGAUAAGUAAAUUUCACACCAUUGCUUUUUGGAAGAUAUGUCAACAUUUUAGAGGGAGGGGAUAAACUUUCACAUUGAAGUGUAAAAAUUUCAACUUCAUAUGAAAUAAUACCUGAUAAUAACAAAUUCUCUAUUCAAGUAAACGAA